AUGGUCGCAAUCUCGAUAUGCUAUGAUAGGCCUGCCUGGGACAUCACAGCGCCUCCUCUUGCACCCGUAAAUGCCUUCAUGAGCCCGAGGGACUUCCUUUUGAUGCCAAAUCUCUCGACAAGGUCUGUUCUAGCACGAGACGCUUCUCCACGACCGCCGCGACUUCGGAAAAUCACGCGGAAUCUAAGAAGAUCUCGACUUAGACCUGGACAUCUUGUUCGACCUUGCAGAAACUCAUCCUACGUUGACAAUCUCGUCAAGAUGGUUCAGGGACAACCAGCAGUCGACUGGAAGAACCGCGAGAACAAUGCCAAGCUCUUCGCUGCAGUCCUAGCUCUCAUCCCUGGAACACCCGACUACACGAAGAUCGCUGCAGACUUUGGUGAGUCUUUCUUGAUUGUCACGAGCUCAAAAGCAACUAUUGUGAUCUAUUAUCACAUCGCUACUGCACUUGGCCUCAAUAUCCACAAGACCAAGACUAUAGGAACGGCUGAUGGAGUUUGCUAUAUAGGUCCCAAUGUCCCAGCUAAAGCCAUUUCAUACCGCCUCAACGUCGUUCGUAAAGAAGGCGUGGCUUUGGGCCUCAGCCCCGGCUCUGGCUCUUUCUCCACUCCCACCAAAAUCAAUAGAGCCGCCAAGCGCACUGUUCCUGCUGCCACGAAGAAUAUGUUAAAGGGAAUGGGCCGUAAGCGUGGAGGCAUGCUGAGCGAUGCCCCGAGCGAUGACUCGGACAUUGCCAUGAACAGCGAGGAAGAUGAGACCGCCGCCGAGACUGACGAUGAGAAGAUUCCCACUACUCCUAUCCCUUCCGUCAAACGUCAGAAGACCGUAAAUGGCCGUGUCAGCAAGCGUAUCUCUCCUCGCAAGGGCAAGAAAACAGACUACAAGAAGCUUGAUGACCCCUUCGCCACCAUGGACAAUGCCAAAGACGAAAACGGCAACAAUGUCUUCGGCGAACCCAGUGGCACCGAGAGUGAAGACACCUACGCUACGGAUGGCUCGUUCAAAGAGACUGGGAAGGAUGCUGCUGUCAAGCUGGAGGAGGCCGUUUAG